CAUUAACUAUGAUUACUUGGGCUUUCUUUGCAGAUGGUCUAUUUUUUGCCAGCAUUCUGUCCAUCCACCUCUUCAUGUUGAAGCUCAGUAGAAGACAAUGACCAUCUCAACGUCUAAUCAGACUGCUGUCACUGAGUUUAUCCUCCUCGGUUUUCCAGGUCUACAGCCAAUUUUCUUUCUUCCAGUCUCAAUUACAAUGUUUCUUGCCUACAUUGUUUCACUGAUUGCAAAUAGCACAGUCAUCAUAUUAAUUAUCCUGAGAGAACAACUCCACCACCCCAUGUAUAUUAUUAUUGCUAACCUCGCUCUCUCUGAUCUUCUCUUUGACACAAUAACAUUACCUAAAAUCAUUGCCAAAUAUUGGUUUGGAGCAGGGUCUAUAUCAUUCAACUGGUGCUUCUUCCAGGUCUUCUGUGUCCAUUGCCUUGGAAGUCUUGACUCCUUCAUCAUUAUGUUGAUGUCUAUUGAUCGUUAUGUUGCUAUCUGCAAACCUCUCAGGUAUCACUCCAUUAUCAGCAUUAGGCUGGUGACUCUGCUCUGCUACAUGGUCUUGCCUUUUGCUGCCCUAUUUGGAUUAGCUAUGACUUUAAUUGCUCUUCAGCUUCCUUACUGUGGACCUAACCGUGUCAAGAACUGUUUCUGCGCCAACCAAUUUUUAACAGUUUUGGCAUGUGUUGAUGUUACCUUGGCAAAAAGAAACCGUUUUAUUAUUGGCAUGUGUGUGUACUACUUCCCAUUGGCUGUUAUUAUUCUCUCAUAUAUUCUCAUAAUCAGGGUUGUGCACUUAUCAGCCAACAAUGGAAACUGGCAGAAGGCAUUUAAUACCUGUACCACUCAUUUAAUUGUCAUUGGCUUGUACUUUAUCCCCAGGUUGUUUGCAUAUUGCAUAAAUCAAGCCCCCUUGAUUAUUGAUGCUGACUUAAACGUUCUAAUUGUUUUUCUGUACACAUUUAUUCCCCAUUUAGCCAACCCUGUUAUUUUUUGCCUUAGAACCAAAGAAACUAAACAAAUUUUGGGGCAAAUGUUCAGUAGCAAGCACCCUAAAUUUGAGGUUAGAUCUAGAAGACGAGUGAAAAGGCAUUGCGCUAGUAUUAGUUUAAAGAGUCAUUAA